UCCUUUCUUGGUAUACCUGUAGAGCAAUCUUUACCGAUGUAAACCAUCACAAUAGGUAAAGGUCUGCUUACAGUAAAGUCUAACUAAUAAUAGUAUUUUAUAAUAGUCCUUCAUAACAAUGGGUUUUUUGUGUACAUGGGUCCAUAGGCGAUAGAAAAAGAACAUUUUCGAAUUUGGCUUCCCCAUUAGUUUUAAUCAUAAGCUGAAAGCCUACGUUUCACUCCAUCUACUGGCUUUUCCCUGUCAUAAUUACAGCACACAUCAUGCAAACCAGUUUGUCGACUUUCCUUGAAGGCAGUCGAGUUUCUUUCACUUUCGUUUCUUCAGAAGCAGAACCUGCGUUGUUCAGACAGGAUCUCCAUUCACAAUGGCAGCAACUCACCUGUCCGUUGAUCAGUACUCCUGCUCACUGUGCAAGGAGGUCUUGAGGGAGCCGGUCACCAUCCCGUGUGGACACAGCUACUGUAUGCGCUGUAUUAAUGAUUGCUGGGACCAGCCGGAUACAGAGGGGAACUACAGCUGUCCUCAGUGCCAAAACACAUUUAACGUGAGGCCUGAACUGAACAGAAACACCAUAUUGGCAGAACUGAUCGAGAAACUGAUGGAGGUAACAGCUCAUGCCAGCCCGUCUCAGAGUUACGCUGGACCUGGCGAUGUGCCCUGUGACGUUUGUCCAGGGAGAAAACGUAAAGCUUCAAAGACCUGCCUGACCUGCCUGGCCUCCUACUGCGACACUCACCUGCAGCCCCACUUUUAUUGUCCGGCCUUCAAGAGACACAAAAUAGACGAGGUGACUGGAAAACUUGAAGAGAAACUCUGUGGAAAACACCAGAAAGUUCUGGAAAUCUUCUGUAGGACCGACAAGACCUGCAUCUGUCUAUUGUGUGCGGCAACUGAACAUAAGAAUCACAAGACGGUGACACCCGAUGUGGAGAGAGCUGGGAGACAGAGUCACUUGGAAAAGAGAAGGUCUAUAAUAAAAAACAGGAUUAGUGAGAAAGAGACGACACUGAAGAAGAUGAAGGAGAAGUUAGAGGGGAUUCAGAGUUCUGCUGAGUCAGAGGUGCAGAAACACGAGGAGACCUUCAAGUCGAUACUUGAGUCCAUUGAGAGGCUGAGGUCAAAAGUCAAUGAGGUCAUUAGAGAGUACGAGAAGAAGGAAGUGAGAAAAGUUGAAGAGAUCAUGGAGUGCCUGAAGGAGGAGAUUGAAGAACUGAAGAGGAGAGAUGCUGAGCUGGUCAGGCUUUCACAGUCAGACGACCACAUCCACUUCUUAAAGAAGUUCCCAUCUCUCACUGUUCUUCCUGGAGGAGGAGCAGCACCCAACAUCAAUGUUAACUGCAACCUUCUUCCUGAGAAUCUGAGGAAAGACCUUUCUGAUCUGAAGAAGAGUCUGGGGGUGGUCAAAGGCUGGGAGCUUGUGAAGACCAUUAAAACUGAGGUGGAGGAUUCAGGUCACAUCCUUCAGAAUCUAAGAAGCAGAAGUUACCUUCUAAAAUACUCCUGUCCGCUCACUCUGGACGCAAAAACAAAAAACAACUGGCUUCAUCUGUUUGCAAGGACAACAAUGGUGGCACAUAUGGAGACACAGACCCCGUUUUCUGAUCAUCCUGAAAGAUUUGAGUUUUGGCCGCAAGUCCUCUGCAGUGAGGCUCUGGGUGGGACUCACCACUACUGGGAGGUCGAGUGGAGUGGAGAGGAGGCGCUCAUCGGAGUCGCGUACAACGCAAUCCAGAGGAGUGGGGAGAGUCAGGAGAGUCGCCUUGGAUUCAAUGACAAGUCCUGGUGUUUGUCCUGCUCUCGAUCCGGUUACUCUGUGUGGCACAACAGCAUAAACACUCAAAUCAGUGCCUCCUACUGUCAGAGAAUAGGGGUGUACCUGAACUGUCCCGCUGGCUCUCUGUCAUUUUAUAGCGUCUCAGACACAAUGACCCUCCUGCACACGUUCAACGCCUUCUUUACUGAGCCACUCUAUCCAGGGUUUGGGGUUGGAAAAAAGUCCAGUGUGGCAAUCUGCCCUCUGAACCCAUGUGUCCAGUGACCGGGGUGGUCUGCAGGCCAGUCUGGUGACCAGGAUGGUCUCAAGUCUUGUGUCACACACACACUGUCUUGUUAUUCUGGAGUGAUGAAGAAGACGAUUCUGCAGAGUCCAUCUGAGGUCUCAUUCACAAUACCUCACACACACACACGCACGCACACACGCACACACACACAGCUACUAGCUGUCUUGCCAUUCCUCCUCCCAGAGUGACCCUUCAUCCUUCAAAGUCCUGCUGAUCAAGAAAAUAAAAAGAAGAGAUGUCUGUGCGCCGCCUUCCAUUCAGCAGAUGUCAGAGAGAAAACUCCUCAUCUUUAGGUGACCCUUUUGCUGUUCGUCUUUGUUCAACAAACUCAAUGGCCACACAGUGGCGCUCUCUUGACGGUUUAAAAUUUCGAUUUCAGUCUGCAGUACAACAGUCAAGAAAACUAUGGGGACAAAUGUGACAUAGGACUUGAGUCCCUGCCACCCAGAAGAUGAAAUCCUAAAUAUUAAAUAGUGAGACUUUAAACUGACUCAGUAGUUAGCACUGCUGCUUGACAGAUCCAGGAUUCAAACCUCACACCCAGCCUGAACACCAUCUGUGAGGGAUUUCCAUGUUGUCCGUAUGCAUUUCUAUAUCAAUGCUCUUGACUUUCUUUCCAGGUUCCAAAGUCCGGUGUUUUAGGUGAGCUGGCGCUUCACAACUGUCACUGUAAGGGUGUGUGAUGAGCUGGCAUCCCAGGGAAGGUUUCUCCUGCCUUGUGAUCAGGAUGGGCUCCAGCUUCCUCUGAUCCUUUACAUCACGAGUGUCCAACACUGGUCCUGGUGGGCCACAGUGGCUGCAGGUUUUCAUUCUAACCAUCUUCUUCAUUAGUGACCAGG